CUUAAAUCAUGUCAUUUCUGUCACGCGUUUUCUUGUGCAAAUUUAGAGAGUAAUAUUAUUAAAACAUUCAAUUUUACGUUUUGCAACUUCAAACUAAUGUUGUUCUUUUGAAUUUUAACGUGAGUUAUAGUGAAACGGCUCAAGAUGAUGAGUGAUGACGAUCGCGAUAUUGAUAUCGAAAGUGAUGCUGAAAAUGAUUCCGACUCUCGAACUCACGCUAGAAGUAGUUUAGGUGGAAGUGGAUAUUAUUCUCAGGCCGAAAAACGAGCACACCAUAAUGCCUUAGAAAGGAAAAGGAGAGAUCACAUAAAAGAUAGUUUUACAUCCCUCAGGGAUUCAGUACCUGCACUACAGGGGGAAAAAGUGGCCAGCAGAGCCCAAAUAUUGAAAAAGGCAGCUGAAUAUAUACAGUUUAUGAGAAGGAAAAACAACGCACACCAACAAGACAUUGAUGACUUGAAACGACAGAACAACAUUCUGGAAACUCAGAUUAGAGCAUUAGAGAAGGCGAGGGCUACGGGAAACUAUAUGGAUGCACAUGAACUAGGACUAGGUAUAAAAUCAGCUGAAGACAGUUCCCACGACACGGACAGUUCAGACGGUGAGGGAACAACGAGACGUGUGAAAAAACUUAAAAUAAACAGUGUUAAUGUGUAAUAUAAUAAAUAUAAUUUUUAAUGUAAAGAAAAUUUUCAAAGAACAAUAUAUUUUGAGAUAUUAUUUUUACCAAAGGACCCGUU